AUACUGUGAAAUUAAUGAGUUGCUCAAUGGUUUUAUCUGAUUAGUGAUUGCCUAAAAGAUUCCGACUGAUAUUUUCCUUCAACGUGGUUGAAUUUGUCGCAGCCACGCCGCAAAGACGACAAACAUUGCGCUUGUCCAUUAUUAUCCCGAGGUCUUUUGACAUAUGCGGAAAUGAUGAUUUGUCGGUCAUAAAAAGGAUAAUUUUUAGUUCCAAAAUAGCGUCAGCAGACGGUAAAUAACAAAAGAAAAAGUUUCAAUCAGCUCUGCAGCUCGAUUUCAGCUGUUCUUUUCCAAAGAUAGAGAUUGACGAGACAUCCAUCUCCGUACCGUUUACCAAUCGUCCAAUACACCUAUUUAUCAAGUAUCAACCGGGAGAACGAUAUCAGGAUUUCAGCGGACCGAGGCGAUGUGGCAGCUGGGUUAGCUCGCCGGCCGAGACGAUGAUGAACGGCAAGCCUCUGGUCGAGUACUCGGACGUGUCGUCGGAGGCGCUGAGCGGACCCGAGGCUGGCGAGAUCCAGAGUGACGACAGCACCUCGGCGCGGCGCCGCAACCUCAGCGACGGAGAACUCUCGCCGGAGGCCCCGCGCCGUCCGCGCCGCCGGCGCCGCCGCCGCGCUCCUCCUCCGCCGCCGCCGCCGCUACCUGUGAUAAUCCCCCCGCCGCUGUCACCGCCGCCGCUGCUACCCUCACCCUCGCCGCCGCCUCCCCCGCAACCGGUAGAUCUGUUUGACCACGGCCACGCGAUGCCGGACUCACCAGAAGCGAACGAUCGGUACCGAGCCAGGGAUAAGAAGAAGAAAAAGAAGCGUGAGAAAGACAAGGACCGGGGCGGCGGUGGUGGCGGCCGGAAGAAACGGAAGCGCCAUCGGUACGCAGAGGCCGAUGAGCGGCUACCCAGUGCCAGUCCGCUCUCCUCGCCCGAGGAGGCGGCCACCAGUGCCCCAGUGUACCGCGGCAAAGAGCCCAAGGCGUCGCGGCGCCGGGCCAUGCUGCAGCCGCCCAGUCCGGACACCCCUCUCUCAGACGGUUUGGCCGGCUCGCCGAACGGCGACCGGGCGCACCUAAGGCGCCGUGACGGCCGGGACUCGCGGGAUAUGCGCGACUCUCCGCUGGUGCGCGGUCUGCGCGACCACCGCGAGCUGCGCAACCAUCGCGAACUGCGCGACCUGAGGGACCUGCGCGAGUCUCCCCCUCCACCGCCGCCGCCGCGGGGAGCUCGCACCCCACCGUCACCGGACAGUGGCCGGUGGUCGGGCCGUGGGCGGCCCCACACACCGCCGCCGCCGCCGCCGCAGCCCUCAGAGAAGCGGCGCAAGUCUCGGUCGCGGAGUCGCGAGCGGGAGCGGCGGAGACGGCACAGCCGCAGUCGCAGCCACAGCAGGUCUCCACCGCCCAGUCCACCAGUGGCGGCGAACGGCCAUCUUCCAGAGCCGACAUCCGUAUCCAGCCAGCCUCAGGCCGACACACCGGUCGGACCUGCCACACGUCCAUCCAACCCGCCGUCUGCCGCUGCAGCGACGCCCGAUACCCAGACGGAGCAGCCGACAACGUCACAGACAGCAGCGGCCGCGGCGAAACUCGCACGGGCCCGCUCGAAGCUGGCGGCGGUAGCGGCGGCGGACGAUCCGCGUCUGGUCAGCUACAGCGACAGUGAGGGCUCGCCGCCAGCGCCGGCGAAGUCUAAGGUGGAUGCGCUGGGCCAGCUGAUCACGAUGGUGCGUCGGCAGAUACCCUACCUGCCGCCGCAGCAGCAGAGACCAAGGCAGGCUGAGUCGCAGAGGCCGCCCCGACCGCAGAUAUCUCCGCAGCUGCAGCCGCAGAGACCACCCCAGCAGCCACAUCCGUCACAGCAGCCGCAGAGACCACCCCAGCAGCCACACCCGUCACAGCAGCUGGAGCGGCCACCCCAGCCGUGGCCGGGCGGCUGUCCGGCGGGCGGCGCCGCUGCCGUGCCGCCUCGCUGGGUUCGGUGGCAGUCGGCUCCUGUGCCGUCCGCGAUGUCGGCGCCUCCGUGGCCGGGUGGGUGCCGUCCUCCGUCCGUGCCGGGCGACUGGCGGCCGCCGCCUUGGCCGCGGACGGGACUGCCGCCGCCGUGGGCGGCCGGUCCGGGACCGACGCAGCACGCGGCGCCCUUCCAUCACCCGAGGAUGCCCCACGGCCCGGGUGGUCACUCGUACCACCCGCAGCAGGCGGUGGUCCUGGCGGCCGCGGCGGCGGCGGCUGCCUCGGCCGCAGGUCACCAGCGGCACCUACACGGCCCCUCCGGUGAGCCGCCCUGGCCCGAGCAGCGCCAGCAGUCGUCGCGGCAGUGCCUCCGACAGCUGAACCAAACUGUGUCCCAGUCUCCCUCCUCGAGGAAGAAGAGAAAACAUCGGCACAAGUCCUCAUCCAGCCGUUCCAAAUCUCGUAAAAGGCACAAGAAGAAUUACUCUCGGUCGAGGAGUAGGAGUCCGGUCCGUCCCUCCAAGAAGAGCUCGCGCAGUUCCCCGUACAGCAGAAAACGUUCCAGGCGGCGGUCACGGUCACGCUCGCCCCGCUCGCCCCGCUCCCGGUCGCCGUCUCACUCGGGCCGGUCGUCGCGCGGUCGGCAUGGCUCACCCCCGCCGCCGCCACCCCGGCGAAGCACGCCAUCCGCCCGCGAGCUGACGGCAGAGGCCAAAAUGUCCCAGACCUCACUGUUCGCCGAGCUGGUCAAACAGAAGAAGAUCAGGGAGAAGGCCCUGCAGAUGCCCUUCUUCCAGAAGGAGAAGGACAAGGCCGGCCGCGCUCAGGACGAUCAGGACGAGGAUGUGAUCGAGGUCAGUCCGCCUCCGCCGCCCCCGCCGCCGCCCCCGCGCAUCGUCAGUCAGGACCGGCCGGACGGGAAGGCGCCGGCGGCGGCGGCGGCCUCCACCUCCGCCGCCACCGCCACCGUGUCUUCGUCCACCGCGUCGGCGCCGACGGUAACGACGGCAGCAGCCGAAGCCAAGCCCGCUCCGGCGGCGGCGGCGGCGGCGGCGCCCUCCAAACCGGCCACCCCGGCGCCGGCGACGGUCGGCGGCCGGCCCAGCCUGACCAAGCUGCCCAUGCCGCCGGGCAUGACGGGGGACGAGCUGGAGGGUGCUGACUCGUCGCCCGACAACUUCUCGCCCGAGCAGAAGCCGGUGCCUCGGCGCGCCGUCGACCGGCUCAUCAGGGACCUGCCCAUGCCGCCAGUGGUCGCCGGGUCAGAUGACGCCUCAGGCGACGAGGACAGUAACAUGUCGGGCAGUAUGUCGCUAAUGGGCGCCCGACGGCGCGUGGUGCGCAACCUCAAACGGCCACGCAUCAUCCACAAAUGCCGUGAGGCGGAGAGCAAGACGUGGGGCGACCGGUGUGUGGACGCCUUCGAGCUGGUGGCGCAGGUCGGCCAGGGCACCUACGGACAAGUGUACAAGGCGAAAAAUCUCGAUACCGGCGAGGUGGUGGCCCUGAAGAAGGUCCGUCUCGAGAAUGAGAAGGAGGGCUUCCCGAUCACGGCCGUCCGAGAGAUCAAGAUCCUGCGUCAGCUCAACCACAGGAACAUAGUCAAUAUUAAGGAGAUAGUCACCGACAAACAGACGGCUGUGGACUUCCGGAAGGAUAAGGGUUCGUUCUACCUGGUGUUUGAGUACAUGGACCAUGAUCUGAUGGGCCUUCUGGAGUCGGGAAUGGUGGACUUCAACGAACCCUGCAACGCCAGCAUCAUGCGCCAGCUGUUAGACGGCCUCAGCUACUGCCACCGGAAAAACUUCCUUCACAGGGACAUCAAGUGCAGCAACAUUCUGCUCAACAACCAGGGACAGGUGAAGCUGGGCGACUUCGGUCUGGCUCGGCUGUACAACGCCGAGGAGUCUCGUCCGUACACCAACAAGGUGAUCACGCUGUGGUACCGGCCGCCGGAGCUGCUGCUCGGAGAGGAGCGCUACGGGCCGGCAGUGGAUGUCUGGAGUUGCGGCUGCAUCCUCGGCGAACUCUUCCAGAAGAAGCCGCUCUUCCAGGGAGCGAACGUGGAGAUGGCCCAGCUGGAGAUGAUCUCCCGGCUGUGCGGCUCCCCGUGUCCGUCUGUAUGGCCCAAGGUCGUACAGCUGCCCCUGUGGAGCACCCUCCGACCCAAGAAGCCCUACCGGCGGCGCCUCAAGGAGGAGUUCUGGCACAUGCCCUCGGCCGCGCUCAGCCUCAUGGACAAGAUGCUCGAGCUCGACCCAGAGAAGCGCAUCUCGGCCAAAGAUGCGCUCGAAAGUCCCUGGCUCAAGUCGGUCAAUCCGGACAGGACGCCACCCAAGUUUCCCGUGUGGCAGGACUGUCACGAGAUGUGGUCCAAGAACCGGCGCCGGCAGAUGCGGGAACAACAGGAGGACGUGUCCCGGCCGGGCGGCGAGCGGGAACGGGACGAGCCGAGCAGGUCACGCGGCGGCUCCAAGCCCAACUCUGCGCCCCCGUCUGAGGGCCAGGCGGCUGUAUCUCCCUCGGAGAGCGGCGAGCGGCACAAACGACUGGCCAUGCUGCUGGCAGAGAUGCGCAGUCUGGUGCGGCAGCGGCGGCCGGUCACCUACGAGCUCCUCACCAAUAUUGUCAAUUGUCCGGUGGACCCGCCGACCCAGCGACUGGUGCAGCCGGUCAGUGCCCAGCUGACGGCGGCGUCAGCGGCGCGCCGCCAGCUCCGACCGGAGACGGUGGUGCUGGGCCGCGGCGGGUGCGCCACCCCGGCGCUCAAACAGGCGCUCUCGGCGCUGCUGCGCCAUUGUCAGCUCUCGCCGCUCGGCUGAGACCGGCGGCGGGCGCGUGCAUUUGUGAUGGACGGCCGGGCCGCGCCGCCGGCACGGAACGGGACUGGCCGGCCGCCGGCGGGCGGGCCGGCGCCGCAGAGACACCUGGAGCGGUGUGUGCGUGUGCGCAUCGCGUGUGUGUGCGUGGCGACCAUUGUUAUCACACAGUGCGGCGGUGACUGUGUAAUGUGGUAGCGCUAGGACGGUUUAUUACCCUCAAUACAUCUAUCUGAUGGUG